AUGGAGACAUAUAAUAUUGUGAUUAUAUUAUUAUUACUUCUCCCACAAGUAAUCUCUCAUAGUGAUUCCACAACAGAUAAUGUGUCACAAGUCAUUUCACAGCAUGACCAUACAACAAGAGUGGAUCCUCUGGAUAAUUUCAAAAAUUACAAAGGAGGGUUUAACAUCACAAAUAAGCAUUAUUGGAGUUCAGUUGUCUUCACAGGAAUAUAUGGAUAUGCAAUUGGGGUUCUCUUGCUUUUCUGUGGAGUUCUAUUUGUAACAAUUGAUUUUUGUGGUGAAGGAAUGAGGAAUAGGAAAAUAUUUCCUAAUAAUUUCAAGGGUUUAGAUGUUUGGACAGUUACUUUAGCUAUAAUGCACAUGAUAUUGGCCAUGGUUUUCAGUGGGUUAGUUAUUGCAUGCGGUGCGAAUUUCAAUUAUCAAGCAAGAACUUCGGUUAAUAUUAUAAUCAAAACAACAAAUGAAGCAUCAGAAAUCAUACACAAUGCAACAGAAGCAUUAAAAGAGAUCCAUGAAGACUUGAUGGAAUUCAAUGUUGAUGUUGAAGCUUUUGAAAAUCUAGGCUAUACAGCUGAUAAAUUUAAUUCUACAACUAAAAAUAUCAUAGAGAAAGGUGUAAAAAAUAAGCACAUUAUUAACAAGGCUUUAAAAGGAGUGUUUGUAAUAACCAUUGUAAUCAUAAGCUUAUACUUGAUUAUGCUAAUAUCUUUGUCAGUUUUUGGAGUACUAAAGUUAUGGAGGGCUUGUGAUAAUGUGCUGGUUGAUGAUAGUGAUAUGCUGGUUACUUUUUGGAGUGUAUUUAGUUUUGGAAAAGUAAACAAAGUUCUUUCUAGUUUUCUAACUCUCAUCAUAAGUUAUAUCCACCAUUGUGAUGAACUGCUAUCGGCGAAACCAAUCCUCUCAGAAAUUGGUGGAGGGAUCUACAAUCUAGUAAACGAGGUGAAUUCAAACAUAUCAAAUCUACAAGGAACAUUGCUGCCAAAUGUUGUUCAUAUAUGCAGUCCUUUCACAGCACCACCUGAAUAUUUAUACAGGCCAAAUAAUUGUCCACUUAAUACCAUUCAAAUAGGAGAUAUCCCAAAGGUAUUAAAACCUUAUACAUGUUUCGACGAAAAAUGUGGCAAUGAAGAUUUCAUAUCUUCAAGUGAAUAUGAGAUAGUUGAGUCAUACACAAGCUCAAUUCAGGAUCUAUUAAAUGUGUAUCCUUGUAUGGAAGAGUUAAUUGAAUGUGAGUUGGUGAAAGAUGCAAUAGCUCAAGUUGUUUUCAAACACUGCAAGCUUUUGAAGGGAUUUGCUAAGCUUGUAUGGUUAGGAAUGGCAAUUCUUGCAUUGAUCAUGAUGUUUUUGGUUGUGCUAUGGAUGGCAAUAAAGGCUCAUCAUGAUGAUCAUAGUCAUGAUGUUCCAUGUUCUGUAACAUGA